AUCAAUAAUGCCACAUAGCAAAAAAAAGGCCAUAUGGCAAAAUCCAUUUUGCUACAUGUAAAAAAAAAAAUGCCGCAUGUCAUCAUCAAUUUUGCCCCAAGGCAAAAUCAAUAAUGCCACAUGGCAAAAAAAAAAAAAAGUCACACGGCAAAAUCAAAAAUGCCACAUGGCAAAGAAAAAAUGCCACAUGGCAAAACCCAUUUUGCCACAUGGCAAAUACCACUUUUGGUUCUCGCUGUCUCUCCAAACAUGAGCAUUCUUGGCCAGUUCUAACAGAUUAUCUCUCUCACAGUGGAGAUGCACCUACGAUGAAAAUUUCAGAUUCCUCUAUGAUUUCUAAGUGGAAAAACUUAUACUUAUUUAAUAGUUCACUGUAAAAGCAGAGCAGUUCAAUGAUGCAUACAGUAUAUCCUCAUGUACGUUUUAAUUCUAAAUCUGACAACAUGGCAAUUAUUGCCACGCACGUGCGGAAGAUGACGCAGUAUUCUACUAUACUGUAUACUGUAAUUUCCCACUGACAAAAAGUCGAUGCGGGAGGGGGACUGUCCGGGUUCAGCUAAUGACAGCUUGUUUCCGAAAAUACAGAUACCAGAUUCAAGCAGCGACAAGUUUUCCUCUGUGAGUGUUAUGCUUGUCUUUACAUUCAUCCAGACCUCUUUAAUCUCACACCUGUUUUUAAAAGGAAAGAAAGUGGUUGUGUUUGCUUUAAAAAGGUAAAGUGUGUGUAAACUUGCCUGUUUUUAAGAUUGCGGCUUGUCAAGAGGCAAAAUAAACUGCUGCUUAUUUGUCCCCGUUCUGAACAGCGGCAAUGUGCAUGGAUGGAGAUUAAAAGAAUAACUUCUUUCAUCAUGGUUGAAAAACACAUUUUCAUUCAUCUUUAGUUAAUAUAUUUUUCUAUUCACACUGAGCGAAGCACAAUAGGCCCUCAAUGUUCCGCGUGGAGGAAUGUCGUGGCAUUGUGGGAGAUCUAAGUGGGUGAGAGUGCAUUAGACAUUUGUCAGUUUUAAUGAAGACUGAGAGGAGGAUGGACUUUUGGCAUUUUUCACUCAUUUUUGAUAGUGUUUCAAUUGUGCAUUCAAUGGAUGUGUUUCAAUGUGAACUUUAUCACAAUAUGACAUCACCCUAGAUUUGGAAACAAAAACACCAGAGAUGUUGGAAGACCUCUAACUUCUAUGGACUGAUUGUUUCUUGCAACGAGCUGGAUAAACAGAUGAGGGGCACGUUUGGAUCACGUACAUCAGAAGAUAGUGAAGAUUUUUGUUAAAUAAAGUACUCGGAGUAUUAGCAACAAAUAGGUGCAGAGAUCAGUAGAAGAGUACCAUUUUCUGGAUCAAAAUCGCUAAGCGAAUUGAAGUUUUAUUGUUCUCUUUGCAAGAAUCCACUUGGAAGAAGAAACAUGCAUUCAAGAGAGGUAAUCAGCCUCUUGGCUACAGCAUAAGAUGAAGGAAGACCUACAAGAGGUUGUUGUUUCUCAGAGGAUGUCUUUAGGUGCUCACGCUAACCACUUUGUAGAAGAACCUAAGCAGAGGCAAAGUGAUCCAGGAACAGAAGCAGAACCUGAUGAACUGGACUGGGAUGGCUUUAGCACCACAUUGGAGAACAGAUUACAACCUGAGCGGGACACUGCGCACGUGUCAGAACUGCGGUGUAUCCAGCUGGAGAAGACGCAACGUGAGCUGGAACGACAGCUAUCUGGCCUGUCAGAGCGUCUGGAAGAAGGCGAGGUCCGUUCAACUGAGUUGGCUCACCACAGAGAUAGGAUGGAGGAAGAAUGUAAUAGCCUCAGACAAGACCUGGAUCAACUGGAGGGUGCUCUUAUUGCUUGUGAGCGUGAUAAAGAGCAAGCUAUGGAUGACCUACAUAGUGAGGAGGAGAAGGUGGACUUGUUAACUCAGGAGAAAACCCAACUACAGAAACGAGUAGAAGAUUUGGAGUGUCAGCUGGCAGAGGAGCGCCAGAAGCGUGAAGAGCUGGAGAAGAAAAGUACAAAGUUGGAGGAGACUCAAGAGAGUAUCGAAGGAGGGGAAAAAACGAGGAAUGGCCCUGACCAUAUCAUCAGAAGGAUGGAAAUGGAAAUAAGCAGUUCUCGCUCCAAGCUGGAAGCUGAAGAGGCCCUCACCAACGACCUGCAGAAGAAGAGUAUUGAAUUGCAGGCCAGAAUUGAGGAGCUGGAGGAGGAGCUGGAAGCUGAACGGGCCAUAAGAGCAAAGGUGGAGAAGCACAGGGCAGAUCUGGGCAGAGAACUAGAAGAUCUCACAGAUCGACUGGAGGAAGCAGGCGGACUCACAGCCUCACAGAUGGAAAUGAACAAGAAGCGAGAGGCGGAGCUCCAGCGUCUGAGACGAGACCUGGAGGAGUCAUCGGUCCAGUCGGAAACGCUGGCCGCAACCUUGAGAAAACGCCACAGCGAUGUCAUCGUAGAGCUAAGUGAGCAAUGUGACGGUCUUCAGAGGACAAGGGCCAAGUUGGAGAAGGAGAAGCAGAACUUGAGAAUGGAAGUGGAUGAUCUGUCCACUUCACUCGAAAGUCUCCAGAAAGCCAAGAUGUCCUCAGAUGGCCAGAUGAAAAAAUUAGAAGAACAGCUCUAUGAGGCCACCAGGAGAGGAGAUGACCUGCAGAAGGCACUGGCUGAACUUAGCGUGUCCAAAAACAGACUCACAGCUGAUAACACAGACAUAAGUCGACGAUUGACAGAAGCCGAGAACAGAUCUGGUCAGUUGAGUCGUACCAAGUCUCUUCUCCAGUCUCAACUAGAGGAGCUGAAGAAACAGCUGGACGAAGAGGUCAAAUGUAAGCAGACAGUCAGUGGAAAUCUGAGCUCGGUGCGACAGGAGUGCGAGGGGCUCAAGGAUCAGCUGGAGGAGGAGCAGGAGAGCAAGCAAGAGCUGCAGCGGCUCGUUUCCAAACUCAACAGUGAGGUGACACAGUUGAGGACCAAACAUGAGGCGGAUGCUAUUCAGUAUGCUGAUGAGCUGGAGGAAACCAAAAAGAAGCUGGUAUUGCGGCUGCAAGAGGCAGAGGAGGCAGUGGAAGCUACCCAGGCGAAGUGCUCCUCUCUGGAGAAAACCAAACAGAGGCUCCAGGGAGAGGUGGAGGAGCUGUGCAUGGACCUGGAGAAGGCUAGCGGAUGCGGACAAGCGCUUGAUAAGAAGCAAAGGGUUCUAGAGAAGCAGCUGGGAGACUGGAAGCAAAAGUGUGACGAGCUUGUCGCAGAAGUGGAGGGCUGUCAAAAGGAGAGUAAACAACACGCAGCCGAGCUCUUCAAACUGAAGACGGUUCACGAAGAGUCUCUGGAGCAGCUGGAAGCGUUACGAAGGGAGAACAAGGCCUACCAAGCGGAGAUUGCUGACCUCACAGACCAGCUGACAGAUGGAGGCAAGAGUGUCCAUGAGCUCCAGAAAGCAAAGAAGAAGAUAGAGAUGGAGAAAGAAGAGUUGCAGGCUUCGCUGGAAGAGUCAGAGGCAGCUUUAGAGGCAGAGGAAACCAAGUUAAUGAGGCUGCAGCUGGAGUCGUCGCAGUCAAAAGCAGACCUGGAGCGAAGACUUCAAGAAAAGGAUGAAGAGAUUGACGCUGCUCGAAAAAACCACCAGAGGGCAUUGGACUCCCUACAGGCCACUUUGGAUGUCGAGGCUAAAGGUCGCAUGGAGGGACUGAAGCUCAAAAAGAAACUAGAGGCUGAUAUCACUGAACUGGAACUUCAAGUUGAUCAAUUUACCAAGACCAACACGGAGUUAAGCAAGAGUAGUAAAAAGACACAGCAGCAAAUUAAGGAGCUCCAAGCUCAGCUCGAGGAGGAGGUGAGAGCCCGUGAGGAGCACAAGGAGGAGACAGCGGCCUUGGAGCGACGUUGUGCUCUGCUGGUUAGUGACGGUGAAGAAACUCGCUCAGCUCUGGAGAGUACAGAAAGGGUUCGCAAAGCCUUGGAGUUAGAGUUGCAAGAUGCCAAUGAAAAAUACAAUGAUCUCAACAACCAGUUCCAGUCAGUUCUGAAUGGAAGGAGAAAGCUGGAGGUAGAUCUACAUGCUCUGCAGCACGAACAUGAGGAGCUCCAAGGAGAGCUGAGGGGAACAGUAGACAAAUCCAAGAAGUCCAGCUGUGAGUUGGCCAGAGUGGUGGAAGAGCUACGCUUGGAGCAAGAGCACACACUCCAUCUAGAGAAGGCGAAGAAAGGUCUUGAAGCUCAGGUCAAAGACAUGAGCACCAAGCUGGAAGAGGCAGAGCAGAUGGCUCUGAAAGGUGGCAAGAAGAGCAUUCAGAAGUUGGAGGGAAAGGUAAAGGAGUUGGAACUCGAACUGGAUUCCGAGCAGAAGCGACACGCUGAGACCGUGAAGACUCUACGGAAAAAUGAGCGUCGUCUCAAGGAGCUGGUCUUCCAGUCUGAGGAAGACCAGAAAAACCAGCAGAGAAUGCAAGAACUGGUAGAGAGGCUUCAGAACAAAAUGAAGGCUUACAAGAGACAAAUAGAAGAAGCUGAGGUGCAAGCCAACAUGAACUUGGCCAAAUACAGGAAGACAGUCCAUGAGCUGGACGACGCUGAGGAACGAGCCGACAUCGCCGAGUCAGCGCUUACGAAGAUAAGGACCAAGAAGAGAGGCAGCUUCAGCAAGGGAUACUCCUCUGGUUACAGCACCCCAUACCCCAGUCUGGUGCGAUCGGCCAGCUCAGUGGGCUCAGAGGGCCGAGGCGAGAAGAUCCUGAGUGAUGACAACGAGUCCGUCAGCUCCCUUAUCCCGGCUUAUCUCAACUCCCUUAAGAAGCUCAUGAUCGACUAGAAAGAGUGCGGUCUUCAACGAUGUAACAUCACUCACUUCGAUGCCAUUUGAAGAAUACGCUCAAACGCUAUGAAGACCUGAGUGGGACUGAAACUAUUUUAACUCCAACUUCACAUUAUAAACACGCCCCCCCUAGCAUUUAAUAUAAUGCACUCCUUUUGUCUUGAACACAUUUUUUUCAACACAGGUCAUCGUAUCCUAAAGACAGUCAUAUUGUAAUGUGUUGAAACAAAUUAUAUCUUAAACUGUAUUUCCUCGUGUAUUGCUUUAAUACGCACCAAUUUCUGGUCAUUGCAGUGUCUUAACUUGAAUAAACACUUCACAUCAGCAUUGUUUUUUUCAUACCCCGUUUGACAACAUGCCACCGACAU